AUGACUCAGUAUGCUGAGUUGUAUUUGCAAGAGAUAGUUCGGCUGCAUGGUAUCCCAGCAAGGAUAGUUUCUGACCGAGACCCACGUUUCACUUCUCAUUUUUGGGAGAGUCUUCACAAGGGUCUUGGAACAAAACUAUCCUUCAACACAACUUUUCAUCCUCAAACUGACGGCCAAUCUGAGCGUGUGAUUCAGACACUGGAGGACUUGCUGCGGGCCUGUCUUAUUGACUAUGGAGGUAAUUGGGAACCCAGGCUGCCUUUGAUUGAAUUCGCUUACAACAACAGUUUCCAAUCUUCCAUUGGAAUGGCGCCUUUGAAGCAUUAUAUGGGAAGAAGUGCAGGACACCAUUACAUUGGGACGAGAUUUGGGAAAAAGGGCAAGUUAAGCCUGGGCCCAAGGUACAUCGGCCCAUUUGAAAUUCUGGAGGAAAUAGGUGAUGUGGCUUACAGACUUGUCCUGCCCCCAACCUUUGAUACAGUCCACAACGUCUUUCAUGUUUCCAAUCUAAGGAAAUACAUUCCAAAUCCGACCCAUAUCAUCCAUCAUGAUGUAAUGCAAUGGACACCAAACUUGACCUAUGAAGAGGUCUCAACAGAAAUAAUUGUAAGGCAGAUCCGAAGGCUAAGGAAUAAAGAAAUCAACAUGGUGAAGGUACUCUGGAGCAACCAUUCUGUUGAUGAAGCCACUUGGGAAGUAGAAGAAGAUAUGCAACAGAAGUAUCCCGAUUUAUUCGGCAGAAGGCUAGCCAGGUUGAGCUCUGGUAGUCUGAAGCCAAAGUAUGUGCUGGGGUUCUAUUGGGACUGGACUUCUGGGACGAGCUCUAGAAGAUCCUACCCAUACAGACAAGUGUCUAUUCAGGAACCUUUUGUGAAUAUAACGAAAGAUAUUAUUAGGGAAGCUCUGAACUUUGUGAUUGGUAAUGAUUAG